UUGUAUCCACUCUGUAAUCACUUUUUUUUUUUUUAAGGUGCUGAGGUUGCAACAUGGACGCUGUGAGCUGUACACCACCAGAGAGUGACAUACCAACUGAAUGGGCUGCUAAGUCUGCAAAGUUAGAAUUUUUCUGGGAGUUUGUUGGUCAAGCUGGUAAUGUGCCACUUGAUAUUACUCAAUCUAUUCUUGCUGAUUACAAGAUCAGUGCUGAACAGGCAGUGUGUUCAGGAAUAAGAUGCCAGACAGGAGGAUAUAUACAGUGUCCCAAAUGUAGCACACCCUGGAUUGCUGGCUUCUGUAGAUCUAGACUUUUGGGAUGUCCUCGGAAUGCACAUAAGAUGAAGACUCUCCUUAAGAAAGAAAGAAGACAUCCAAAAAAACUAACCUCCAAGGAAAAGAUGCAGAUUUCUUCCUUCCGUUUAAGAAAGAACAGUAUAGAAGUGUCUUGCUUAAUCUGUAAGUAUAAAAUGAGAGAGUUGUGCUCCAUUCCAGUAAAAGAAAAACCCAUAGAUGAAGCAAAGCCUGAGGUUAUAAAGAAGAAAAAGAAAAAGAAGAGAGUUAAAGAAGUGAAUGCAGGAUUGCUUCUUUCAUCUUCAAUUAUCCAAAAUGAUGCAUCUUUAACUCCUAAAGCUGCACCUGUUUCUACCAUUACAUCUCAGGAAAGCAAUUUGAGAGUUAAGAAUAAGAAGCGUUAUGGUAAAUUUUUAAAAAUUAAUUCAAAUGAAAACAGAAGUGUAGAUUUUUCAUGCACUGAUGACAAAAUCUUACAUAGGAGAUUAGCAGAGAUCACUACAAAAUCUUCACACUCAAGCCAGUCUAAGUCUGGAUCAAAAUCUUUCUCAGGUUCAAAACUAGGUUCUGGGUGGGAAAGUUCUAACAUCGAAGAGAAAAGAGAGAAACAAAAGAAACUUUCAAGAUUGAAAAAUGCAUUGUUAAAUGAUGUUCAGAAACAUAAUAGUAAAGAUAAACAGACUCUUGGCGACUUUCUUGCGAGUCUAAUUUGAAGUAUAUUUCAUGUAUUAAGUUUUGAGGUGUCUUAUAUUCAAACUUUCAGUAAAACUAAAAAGUUCA